AUGUAAAAAGUUUAAUUUUUAAUAAAAGUAUUUUAUUUAAAAUUUUUGAUAAAUGUUAAAAGAGAAACUGCAAGAAAUAAAGGAUUCAAAUACAAAUUUAUAUNAGAAUUGUAAUUAAAUUUAAAAAACAAAAUUGUAACUAAAUUUAUUGAAGGAUUGAAUUAUAUACUGCUUGUAUUAUAUGAUUAUACAACAUAUGAUUAAUAAAUUGCAUUAUUAAGAGAUAAUGAUUUAGAAAUUAUACAUACAUCAAAGCAUUAGAUUUAAAAUAUUGCAACAAUAAAUUAUAAUAUCAUAUUUCAUUAUUAAUAUGAUAGAGAUAUAUAUUUAUAUGAACGUAUUUAAUUUAUUAUUAUUUAAGUGUAGUUAAUUCAUAGAAGAUAAGUAAAAUCCUAUAAUAUUAAAAUAAGAAUAUCUUAUAUUUUUAAGUGAUUAAAUUGUUUUUCUUUAAUGAAAACACAAUCGGUGUAUUUUACUUAGAGUAAAAUUAAUUAUUAGCAUUAGAAUUACAAACGAUAAAUAUAAAAUAAUAGGAGUAGCUUUAAAUGAAUAUAAAAAUGUAUUUUUAAACAUAGAUAUAACUGAAGAAAUGAUAAAUUUUGAUUAGAUUUAGUAAAUAGAAUUGCUUCAUGAUUAUAAUAUGGAACAAAAUGUAUUAGUAGUAUCUUACAGUAAAAAAUAUUUAUACUAUUUAAAAAUAAAACCUUUUAUGUUUACUACAUAAUUUGAUUAAUGGAACCCAAAAAAAAUAAAAUUAAAUAUCCUUGAAUAAGAAAGAGAAAUAUUUAAAAAGAUGAUUUAUGAUCAUUAAGAACAAAUAAUAUAUAUAGUAUUAUUAUUUAAUUUACAACUAGUUAUCAGAAAGCACUUAAUCAAAAUUUAAAAUGCAUUUAGUGGAUCUUAAAAAUUUAGAUGAUAAAUCAAAUAAAAUUGAUACUAUGAAAUUAAGAAUGCCAUAUUUUAAAUAUGGAAUCUAAGCUAUAGAUUUUCUCAUAUAAAAGAAUUAAAUUAAUAAUAAUGUUAUCCUUUUCUUGUUGAAAAAUGGAGAUGUUGCCUGUAUUUAGCCGUUAUAGUAUGGAGAAGGAGUUUUAAAGAAAACUUUCAUAAUAGAAUUGCUAGAUAUUGUGUUAACUCUAUCAUUUAUUGGAUUCUUUAGGUAUCUAAAGCGCUUAUUAUAAAAAAUAUAUUCAAAAAUAAUAUCUUGUUGUAGAAGAAUUUGA